AUAAUUGCCAUUUAUGAAGAACAGCAAUCAUCUUGUCCACUUUACAAUAAUGGUGAUGGAAUAAGUGCUGGCUCUGUUGGAACUGGUAGCCCAGACAUAACUAAUGAAGACAAAGUAGAUGAUGUCCAGAGAAAACAAAAUUCACGUCUUAAUGCUGAUGCUCACCAGGUUUCUUCAGGAACUGCAACAUCUCCAGAGUUAUCUUUAACUGCACAUUAUACAUCAGCUGAAGAUGUAAAGGAAGCGAUUAGCACAAAGAACCAGAAUCAUUCUGAGCUGAGUUUAAGAGAGUCUGAAGCUGUACCAAUCAAUAACAGUUUGACUUCUAAUGAGGAUAAGUUUGGUUUUACUCGCCUUGGGCCCCGUUGUUCUGUUAGACUAUCUAUGUUAUCUAACAGUAAAGACUCCUGGCGAUGGGAAGAAGCUGCUGAAAAACAACUGUUGAUGACAAAAAAUAAGGAAAGGAAAGAACCACUAGGCAGACCAAUAACGAUGACCUAUUCAGAAGAGAAGAGUCAAGAAAAUGAUGCACAGAUACUAACACUGAAAAAUGGACCUGGCCCUCUUGGUAUACACAUUGUUCCUGACCAUGACUCCUGUGGAAGAGGCAAUGGGCUUAGAGUUCAAGGAGAAGAGCCGGGUAGCAAAGUGGACAAAGAUGGAAGGUUGCAGGUCAGUGACAGGAUUGUUGAGAUAAACCAACAAAAUCUAGUCCAUGUUGACUUUCCAGAAGCCCAAGAGAUAUUCAAAAAUGCUCUUCAAAGUCCAGAAAUUGAAUUUCGACUUGGAAAGAAAUCCGAAUCUUUUUCAGAGUGUCUUUCUCCCUCUUCAGAAAGGAUUAAGAGUACUUCAUCUGAAGAAAGAAUUGACAUCCAAAGAAAAAAAUUACAAGAAGAUGAAGAAAAAGGUCCAAAAUCUGAUAUUAGAAUUUCAACACCAAUCAAUACAGUCUCGUUUGGUCAAAAGAAUGUUCUUCUCACUUCUAAUACCAGAAAAAUGGGAAGGAAACUUAAUGUGCAGCUAACAAAAGGACCUGAUGGUUUAGGUUUCAGUAUCACUACACGAGAUAAUCCUGCUCUUGGCUUCUGUCCGAUUUACAUCAAAAAUAUUUUACCAAAAGGAGCUGCAGUAAAAGAUGGAAGACUGAAACCAGGAGAUAGACUUUUAAAGGUAAAUCAAAUUGAAGUGACAGGUCUAUCUCAGGCUGAAGCAGCAGCAGUUUUAAGGAAUGUAUCACCAGGAGGCGUUGUGAAUCUACUUGUGUCAAGACAAGAUUUUGAUACACUUUCUAACCUUCCUAGGAAGCUACCACCUGAAAAGGCAAGUGAUGGCAUUAAUAUAUAUCCUUGGCAAUACAAAGAAGUUUUCACCUUUGACAUUCCUUUGAAUGACACAGGUUCUGCGGGAUUAGGGAUCAGUGUCAAAGGUCACACAUCGGUGACCCCUAGUGGACCUGUGGAUUUGGGAAUAUUUAUAAAGUCUAUUAUUCAUGGAGGAGCUGUUUCCAAGGAUGGCCGUCUUAUGGCAGAUGAUCAACUUUUGAGUAUUAAUGGUAUUUCUUUACUCGAUAUGACAAACACAGAGGCUUUGAAAACUGUAAGAAAGACUAUGACCCAAAAUGAAGGUCCAAAUGUUUAUCCUGGUGCUAUCAGCUUAACAGUUGCUCGUAUAAUUGUAUCAUCCAGUGUUGAUGAAGUAGGCAAUGAAAACGAUAGCUCAGUGUCUUUUAACGAUUUAAAUGACUCAGUAUUUAGCUCAGGAAGUGACUCUAGAUGUGGAUCUGCAGAAGGAAGUUUCAUUCACAAUUCAUUUGCCAAAACAGAAGACAGAGUAAGUGUAGAACCUGGAAAAAACUUUGAGGAUGGUAUGUCAUUGGACCCCAGAACUGUUUGCACUCUCAACUCUAAUUCAGAUUUUGAUGAAAACAUGAAUCAGAGAGAGAGUAAACAUCUUGAGAAAAAGAAUCUUGUCUUUAAUCCUCCUCUUCUAUCUAGCAGAAACCCUAUGGUUGACAGGCUGACAGGGCAGGGAUAUUACAGCCAAACAAAACCAAGAAAUACACUUCACAGUGAAUCAGAUCUGUGUGCAAGUCACGAAAAUUGUAAUGACCAUCAACUUUACCAAGCUAGAUGUGACCUUAUUAAGUCAAAUGGCCACACUGGUAAGAACACGGUGCAGGUUCCAACAGAUAACAGGGUUUCUACUCACAAUGAAGAAGCAAAUCAGCUAUUACAUUCCAAGAACCAUCCAGAAUCACCUCAUAACAUACUUUCUACAUUGGAAAAUGAAGAUAAGAAAGAUGAUAAAGUUGAAUCAAAAGCUACCCAAAAUAACACAGACAACCUGAUAUCUUCUCCUGAUGAAGACUCUUUUAAUCUCUCUCGAGACGGUAUUGGUCGACACAGUAUAUCAGAAAAACGGCAUGCUAAGCUGGAUGCUAGAAAAACAAAUACUUUUAAGAGAAGUAAACGAGCGAGAGAAGAACAAGAACAUCUGAAGCAGCAUCAGAGAAAUGAUCAGGAUAACCUGACAAGACAUUUGCAGAUAGUAGACUUACAAUAUAAGCAAAGUGUUCUUGAAAAUACGCAUUACAGAGAUCAGUUUUUGGACAAAAGCCAUGCUGAUGCAAAAGAAAAUGGGAAUAUUCAAAAGAUGCCUCUAGAAGUUAAGCCUUUGAAGAAGUCAAGUAGUUUAGAAAGCAUUGAGAAUGUUGUUCCAGAGCUGAAGAAAGACAGCUCUGCUGCUGUUAAAAACAUUGAUGGUCAAGAACGUUUUUCCACAGCCUGUCGGUCGUCUGAAGUAGCUCUUGAAAUGAAUAAUCAAAGUGAAAAUGGUAGCCUAUUCAGUGUUGAAAGUUAUGGAUGUUCACCCCUGGCAGCAGUUUUAAACCGUCCGCCAGUCAGUAGUGACCGUACUCCAGAUGAUGUCAUUAGUCCUGAUUAUAGACUUUCUAAGAAGAAAAGGUUAUUGAAAGGAUUGGGUUCAAUGUUUAA